CUUACAAACUUUAACAGGUCAAGAUUUGGAAAUAUCAACGAUUUUUAUUACGUUGGGAUUUCUUAGUUAUUUGCCCAUAUAGAUGUAACUACUUGCCUGUUUUGUUAGAGUGGUUAAUUUUGUCCCAAACUUGCUCAUUUGAUCUUGUCAUUUAAUUUCAUUGCAAACAAGUAAAGAAAUUAUUUGCAAUCAAUAGUAGUUUGAUGAGAGCGUUUUGCAAAGGGAGUGAAUGGAGGAUAUAGGAUAGAACAAAGCAAAGGACAGACAGAGUAAGAGCUUCGUCUCUUUCAACAAGUCAAUCAGAUGGUCGUGAUGGGAUAGAGGAUAAGUCACAAAAGUAAAUGGAGCACCCAUUAAAAUGCAGAUGCUCAUAGACAAAGAAAUGUCCAAACAGAAAGACUCCAAGCACUACCUACCAAAUGUUGUAGCAAAACUAAUGGGGCUUGAAACCCUUCCAAGUGGAGAGCCUAAUUUAUCUAUGGGAAGAAGCUACAGAAGUGCUUAUCCUCAACAAAUGCAUAGUCCUGUAGGCUUCCCAUUCAGGCAUUGGCAGCAGGAAGAUAGGUUUAUGGAGAGGGAAAUACUUCAUGAAGUUCACCCAAGCACAGAACAGGUUGCUUACAAAGAAAUGUAUGAAAUAUGGCAGCAAUCUCAGAGAGCAAGGCAUGCAAGUGGCAAGGUACCUGAUAGAGGAAGAUGGAGUGAAGAUGUUGAUGGGAAAAGAAUGGCUCUCAUUCGUCAGAAAUUCAUAGAAGCAAAACAUCUGUCAACCGAUGAGAGAAUGCGUCAAUCUAAACAAUUUAAAGAUGCCUUGGAAGUUCUAAGCUCCAACAGUGAUCUCUUAAUGAGGUUAUUGGAUUCUCAAAAUGUUUAUGAAUUUUACUCAAGUCGACGUACUGAUACAAAGCGCAUUACUCUUAUUAAACCUUCCAAGAUGGACGACAAUGACAAACCAGCCAGAAAGGAGAAAAGGAACAAUAGACUAAUUAAGAAAUCACCAAAUGUUGAUCAAGCAGCUGGGUGGGAGAACAAGAAUUCUGGAAACUCUCCAGAUAGUCAGAAAGUUGAUGAAUCUCCAGUUCGAACCACUCGAAUUGUGUUGCUGAAACCUAGCCCUGGGAGGACACCUGAGCAAAAGGAUGCGAUUUCUCCAACAACAACAUCACCACCAAAUCUGAGAAGUGGUAAUUGCCAUCAGGGACCUGAAUAUGACGAUGCAAUAGAAUCCAUUAGAGUGGCAAAAGAGAUCACACAGCAAAUGCAUAAGGAUCUGUGGAGCUAUCAAAAGGAUAAAACUCCACAUUAUUCUUCAGUUAUUUCCAAUGGCUAUUCUGAUGAUGAGAGUUCGUUCAACAAAUCAUAUCACGAGUAUGCAUCAGCAAAUUUCAGUGAUUUGGAAGCUAUGUCAAUGUCAUCGCUGCCAAGGCUUUCAUGGGAUUACAAUUACAUCAAUGGCUGUAGCAGUCCUUAUUCUACAAUGUCCUUGGGUCGCGUGCCUUGCUCCCCUGAGUCAUCAGUGUGCAGAGAGGCGAAGAAAAGGCUUUCUGAAAGAUGGACUAUGAUGACAUCAGAUAAUAAGGGUCCUCAAGAACAAACGACAGUGAGAAGAAACUCUACCUUGGGUGAGAUGCUUUCUCUUACCCACACGAAGAAAUCUGCAACAUCUGUGGUUGAGAGUAUUCAAGAGGACCAAGAACCCGGAAAAUCUGUUUCUUGCAGUCAUUCUUUCAAUGCAGAAAUAAGCAAUCAGGGCUCUCCUAAAAAUCUUCCCAGGUCAAAUUCUGUGUCUGCAUCCUCUACUGUCAAUGGAACUGAUCUCACAGUUCAAGUUGCUGCUCCAAAAACUGGCAAAUCACAAGCCUCCAGGGCACAGACAAAGUCAAAGAGGAGAUCAACGUUUAAAGAAAAAGUAGCCAGUCUCUUGUUCUCAAAGAGUAAGAAAUCAACCAAGGAAAAGCCAAGUUCUCCUCAAUCUAAAGAUGCAUCCCAACCCGCUCCUAUCGUCACUGAAGCAUUAGUUCUUCCACCUGAAGUCCUUAGGGAUGAUGAGUCUCAAAUCAUCAAUGUGGAUAGUUUUGAAGAGUUUUCUCUUGUAGCUCUAUGUGAAUCAUCAGAGAAAACUUCCACAAAUUCAGUUGCUAACAGACAAGAAGAAGACAUGAUUACACUAGAGCCUGGAUUGGCAGUGGCAGGGUCCAUGAUGCUAGAGAUUAAUUCGAGCGAAAGCCCAGAUCAGCCUAGUCCAUUCUCAGUGUUACAACCUCCAUUUGAAGAUGAUCAACUAGGAUCACAGGUGGAACUGAAGUCCAAUUUAAUUGACAAAUCACCACCUAUAGAAUCAAUAGCUAGGACCCUAUCAUGGGAUGAUUCUUCUGCAGAAGUGGCAAGCCCCCAUCUAUUAAAACCCUUAACGGUUCCUUCCUUGGACUCCAAGAUAGAGGAAAAAGAGUGGCUUCUCUUGGUCCACAACCUACUAUCAGCAGCUGGACUUGAUGACCAGCAGCAAUAUGACUCGUUUUACACCAGAUGGUAUUCCCUUGAAAGCCCAUUGGACCCGUCAUUGAGGGACACAUUACUCAAUGAGAAGGAGCCUCAGCCAAUGCACGAGGGCAGAAGAAGGAAGAUGAGAUCAAAUCAUAAACUUGUUUUUGAUUAUAUCAAUGCUGCACUAUUGGAACUUGUUGGUUAUGGGUCAGAAAAGUUCUUAAAGGGCAGUGGGAACCACUGCAGGGUCCUAAUCCAAGAGAGUGCACCGGAAUCUACCUUGUUGGUGGACCACAUUGUGGCCAAAAUAAAGGAAUUAAUGGCAAGUGGGGUGAGGUGUGAGUGGGACAGCAACAGCCUGGUGGUAGAAAAUGUUGUCAGAAAAGAGAUUGUGCAGAUAGGGUGGGUGGACCUUAUGAAAUUGGAGAUAGACGUUUUGGGAAAGGAGAUAGAGGGGGACUUGAUUCAAGAGCUUGUGGAGAAUGCAGUGGUUGAUUUUACAGGCAGAGCCUGAGUCCCUCUUGAGCCUUUCUGCUUUUAAUUUUCAAAUUAAAUAAGUAUUAUUGUAAGUUUAUUAUCAUUGCAUUCGAUCAUCCACACUGCCCUACUUACCCAAUUUAUUAAAUUCUAUGGUACCAAUAAAGUUGUAGUUAUUUGAGAUU